AUGUCCUUCUCCGAUUUCUCUAACAUCCAAACCGUAAAAGACUUGAACAGCUCUUUGGCUGACAAGUCAUACGUUGAAGGUACUUCUGCUUCUCAAGCUGAUGUUGCCGCUUUCAAGGCGUUCCAAUCCGCUUACCCUCACUUCUCCAGGUGGUUCAACCACAUUGCUUCAAAGGUUGACCACUUCGACUCUUUCCCUGCUGCUUCUGCUUCUGCAGCUGCUGAAGAGGACGAUGAAGAUGUUGACUUGUUUGGCUCCGAUGAUGAGGAAGAUCAAGAAGCUGAAAAGUUGAAGGCCCAAAGAUUGGCUGAAUAUAACGCCAAGAAGGCUACUAAGGUCAAGCCUGCUGCAAAGUCCAUUGUUACUAUGGAUAUCAAGCCUUGGGAUGACGAAACCGACGUAGAACAAAUGUUGGCCAACGUCAAGUCUAUUCAAAUGGAUGGUUUGACCUGGGGUGCUCACCAAUUCAUUCCAAUUGGUUUCGGUAUCAAGAAGUUGCAAAUCAACAUGGUUGUCGAAGAUGCUAAGGUCUCUUUGGAUGAUUUGCAACAAACUAUCGAGGAAGAUGAGGACCACGUCCAAUCUACCGAUAUCGCUGCUAUGCAAAAGUUGUAA